AUGGCGAAGCUCAUAGUAAUCAUAGGCACCACACGCAACCAAGGUGGUAGCGUUGCCGAGGCCUUCCUAGCUGACAAGAAGUGGCGCCUUCGCAUCAUAUCUCGCACUCCUUUAAAACCUCCGCACGAGAAUGGGCCUCCCGCAGCACUACUAGCCUCCUCUCUCUCUGACCCAGCCGUGCGCGCUGAAGCCGGGAAGCGAGGCAUCAGUCCUGAAGAGCGAUGCGCUGAGAUCGGAAUUCAGUGCGGCAAGAACCUCGCACUUGCAGCUCGAACCCCAGAUGUGCAGAAGACGCUGGAACGCUACGUCUACAGCAGUCUUGGAAACCACUCGAAGCUGUCAGGCGGCCGGUACAUACAGACCUGGCACUGCGACAGCAAGGCCGCCGUCGAACGGUACGGACGCGACGACCCAGUGCUUGGUCCAAGGUCCAGCUUCAUCCGCUUCGGUCUUUAA